UGAUUUUCAUAGUCAGUUGGAUUUGAAAAUUUGUAGUGUUGGCAAGAAAUCGAGUUAAUUUAACUGAUACUGAAGAAAAUUUAAAUCAUUAGAUUUGAAUUUGUUAAAAUGCGUGUAUUUGUCGUGUUGUUUGUCAUGUGUUUGACAGCGGUAGCUGUUUCUGGAGGUUAUCUAGGAGGAGGGGGAGGAGGUGGCGGAGGUCAUGGUGGUGGUGGAGGUUAUGGUGGUGGCGGUGGCCAUGGUGGUGGCGGUGGAGGUUAUGGAGGAGGAAAAGGCGGUGGUGGUGGAGGUUAUGGUGGCGGAAAAGGCGGUGGUGGUGGAGGUGGCAAGGGAGGUGGCGGUUACAUUAUAGUCUCCAGCGGUGGCGGCGGUAAGAAAGGAGGCGGUGGUGGUGGUUAUGGAGGCGGUGGUGGUUUUGGUGGAGGUCAUGGCGGUGGUGGCUGGUCUAGCAAAGGAGGCGGUGGUGGUGGUGGCUCCAAGGGAGGUUAUGGAGGUGGUGGAUCCAAGGGAGGCUAUGGAGGUGGUGGCGGCGGUGGCUGGUCUAGUAAAGGAGGCGGUGGUGGCGGCGGCGGUUAUGGUGGUAAACGUGGUGGAGGCGGUUGGUAAUUACCAAUACCGGUUCCAAAAAUAUUAAAGACCUCAAAUAUUCAUACUCUUGACAAUGUUGAUUGAACAAUUUAUAUAUAGUAGAUUUUUUGUAUUAAUCUAAUAAAAUGUGUUCAUUUUAAAACUUCUAAUAAAUAAAUUUUUAUAAUAUUUUUUCGUAAAAUGUUUUAAAUCAA